AUGGCACUUAAGGCCAACGGAGAAGUCCGCAUUUGUGCUGACUAUAAAUGCACACUAAAUAAAGCAUUACAGCAGUACUCUUAUCCGGUGCCUGUAGUGAGCCACAUCCUGGCGUCUCUACAGGGAGGCUACAUUUUCGCCAAGUUAGACUUGGCGCAGGCCUAUCAGCAGCUGGUGGUGGACAAUGCCAUGGCAGAGGCCCAAACAAUUGUGACCCACCGGGGUGCCUUCAAGCAGUCCCGGCCUGAAAUGCCACAGGCUCCCGUUUAUAGAUGGGAUACCACACAUGCUCCUUGGUCGAGGGUUCAUAUUGACUACGCUGGCCCCUUUCAGGGGCAACUCUUCCUCAUUGUGGUGGACAGUCACUCCAAAUGGCUGGAGAUCACUCCAGUGACCACUAUGAUGACUGCCAGGACUAUCCAGGUGUUGAGGGGGAUUUUUGCCUCUCACGGGCUCCCAGAUGUCCUCACCUCCGACAACGGACCUCAAUUCACCUCCUCGGAGUUCCAGUCCUUUCUGAGGGUGAAUAUGAUUAGGCAUGCUACUUCUGCACCUUUUCAUCCGGCCUCAAAUGGCCAAGUGGAACGCAUGGUUCACACUACAAAAGAAGCCUUGAAACGGCUCACCCAUGGAAACUGGCAUCACAGGUUGGCAGAUUUCUUCUUCUGUCACCGCACUACACCAUGCACAUCUCCAGGCAAGAGUCCAGCUGAGCUCCGAUGGGCUCGUUGGGGCACACCCUUGUUAGCCCAAUGUAGCCCAUUGCUGGACAACUUUGUGGAGUUUUGUGAGCACAUGCGGUUGAUGUAUGAGGACCCCAUCAAGACUCAGACAACUACCCAGCAUUUGAAAGCCCUGAGGCAAGGCUGA